GGAGUUGACUUCCGUGCCCAGCAGUGUGCCGAGUACAACAGCAAACCCUUCAGGGGCUGGUACUACAAAUGGAAGCCCUACACCAAGGUGGAAGGUAUGGAAACUAUUUGCUCUAUUCCCCCUGUAAUUAGGAACAGGGUAAAUGUUCAAUGAAUGCACCUCAUUCAGCCAGCUGUUCUACACUCAACGUAACCCAAAUAGGGACAUUUAUAGGACAUUCCAAACUAUUAGAGCGAAUUUAUAAAUCAAGAGACACUCUUAGACAAAGGGGUUCCAAAAGGGUUCUUCGGCUGUCCCCAUAGGAUAACCCUUUUUGGUUCCCUGUAGAACCCUCUGUGGAAAGGGUUGUACAUGGAACCCAAAAGGGUUCUACCUGGAACCAAAAGGAGUUUUUCAAAGGGUUCUCCUAUGGGGACAGCCAAAUAACCCUUUUAGGUUCUAGAUAGCACUUUUCUUUCUAAGAGUGUACAGUGCAAGCUUGUUAAAAGUGCAUUGAAUUAACAUUGCAGAUUGAUCAGAACUUUAUGUCCUGUUUAUACUCGUAAAGCUCUCAAAUUAGGCUAUAUGUUGGAUCACUUGGGAAAAACAAGUUUGUUUUGAAAAUACAAAUAUUUUUUCUUUUGUGACAAACCUUGUUUACUCAUUUGAAUGCUGAAGCCCAAAAUGUGCCUCAUGUGCACCAUAUCAAUGUAUCAGUCUACUCAUGCCUGGGAGUGCUGUGGAUAACCUGUCAGUUUAAUCUACAUGGGAAACAUGUAGCCACCUGCUCUCUCCCAGGGAGAAGGAAUAGAUUAUAAAGGAAGCCCUUAAGGCAGGUUUGACCUGUGUCUACAACAUACAUACUGUAUGAGUGAGAGAGAAGGGAUGGAGAGAGAGAGGGAGAGAUAGAGAGAGAAGGAGAGAGAGAGUUUGGCUGACACCCCAUUACCUUUGUGAGGUGCUGAUUCAUGAAGAUGCAAGCAGCAGAUCCUGAAAAACCUCCUGGGGCCUGAGGUGAACGGCCGCCUCCGUUUAUUAAAGGCUGAUUGUAGAGUGGUUCCACACCGCUCUCCCUCCUCUCUCUCUCUCCCUGUGGAGGGACACUCCCUAAGGCCCAGCCCCCAGGGCAGCCAGUGGUGUCUGAACUUGGCAUCAUUUCAGAGGACAAGCUGAGUUACCAGGAGGUAAAGGCAGUCUUACCCUGGUCUAACUGGGCUCUAAGCAACAUAUCCAAUAGACUUUAUGAAAUCAAGUGCCUUGGCCUACGGAUGUGAAUUACUAACAUGGAAUGUCAACUAGAAAUUCAUAAGAUGCUUCUGUAAGGCAUUCAGUGGUUCACAUCAUCAGUAAUGUACGAGAUUGAUUUUAAGACAAGAUGGAAGGAAUCUGAAUAGGUGGAAGGAAUCUGAAUAGGUCAGAUAAUGAUGCCUUUUGCCUCCAGGCUGUUGCCAUGCUGCUGGUAACACCCCUGUCAUUAGUCAGUGACUGUGUCUGUGUGUUGUACAGUAGAUCCCGGUACUUGGCCCAUGUCUGAAACUCUGUGUGAGACCUGUGGAGAAGCUGCCCUCUCUGCAUUCCCUGUUUUAUGGGCCCAUUUGUAACAUCCUUUCAGGUCUGAAGUAUGUGAAAUGUGGCAGAGGUAUGCUACUUCUUCAGUCCCCAGAGGGACCACACAUUGCACUGCAGUGGACAUGCAUCGUUAACACAAUAGAACCCUGAAUACAGUCUUCACCAGUACCCCAUCGAUUGGCUCUUAUCUUGCCUCAUCAAUUGACGAGUACGGUUCCUUCAUUACCAUGUGCCUGUCCUUUGCCCCACAUUGUAAUAUGGAGUGUACCAGUGACAUAGAGAGAGGCCAUAAGGUGGUUUGUGCUCUAUAUAGACCUGGAGACUCACACCUGGGAAGGAGGAAUUGGUUAAUGCACAGGUGCAGAAUUACCUCCAUGAUCUUGUUUAUGACAUAUGUUAAAUCUUCUCUAUGUCCUCUGUAGCUGAGGAUAUCUGCAAGCUGUACUGCAUCGCUGAGGACUUUGACUUCUUCUUUGCCAUGGCCAGCAAAGUCAAGGAUGGGACAUCCUGCUCAGACCACAAAGGGGAUGUGUGCAUCGAAGGAGUCUGUGAGGUAAAGUGCAGAUUUGAGGAACAUGAUGUACAGCAACACAUGAACUACAUCUAAGUCUACUGAAUGUGAUAUAGAACACAGGAUGCUGUCUGUGUCAUCUAAGUUCCUUCUGUUUCUUCCAUCCUGCAGCCGGUGGGUUGUGACCAGGUCCUGGGCUCAAAGGCAACUUUGGAUGCCUGUGGAGUUUGUAGAGGGGACAACUCCACCUGCAAGUUCUUCAAAGGCCAGUACGUCCUCCAGCACCGAGCUAACGGUACGUCAAACAAGAAGACUGACAUGUCAAUUUGAUUCAGUGGGAGAGAGGAGAAGCUCUGUUGUAGGACAGUUCUGGCAAAGUGUUAUUGGGGCAGAGUUAUCUGAACAUGACAGGGUGAAUUCUCUAGCAGAUGCCACUGUGGGGGAGACAGUACCUUCCUCCAGACCUCAUACUAUACUCUCACAACUGGCUAAGAGCAACCUUUCCAGAUCACUGUGUGUGUGUGGCCCUUUAAGGGUCCAAUAGACAAAGCUCUCUGACUGAACCGAAAAGUGACCGCUUGGCAGACCUAGAUGUUGGGUCAUGGAGCACAGGCUGGGGUUGCUUCUAAUAGAGUGGAAAGAUAUGUAUGUGGCAGCUUGCAUGCGUUGUUACACCAGGGAAGCUGUAUACUACAGAGAGUUAUAAUGGUUUAUGCUGUCUCAGUGAAUUAAGCUUACUGUCUCACCUCUUUACUGAAAACACGGCACCAUAUGAUCAGGUUAUAUAAAACACUUUGUAAUUCAAUGUACGAAGGUAAGAUUAAAACCAGGGAAGUUUUUAGUUGGAAGGUGUUUUUUGCGUUUGGUCUUGAUGAGAAUCCAUCCCAAUAAAAUACUUGAAUAUACCCAGGACAGUCUGUUGCUUGCAUGGAAUUGUUAUACAAAUUGUGUACUGUACCCACUGUAAUGAGUGUUAUCUUGUAAAAAUAAAAAUAAAUAAAAAAUAUAUUAAUCUCUAAUUAAACAAGCUCUUUCUCUUCCUGUUCAGAAUAUUACGCCAUGGUGACCAUCCCACCUGGAGCACGGAGCAUCCGUGUUCAGGAGAUGGAGAUCUCCACCAGCUACCUGGCUGUGCGCACCCUGAAGAGGAAGUACUAUCUGACAGGGGACUGGACCGUGGACUGGCCUGGAAAGUUCCAGUUCGGUGGGACGGUGUUUGACUAUCAGCGCUCUUUCAACCGCCCAGAGAGCCUGUACACGGCUGGACCCACUAAUGAGACCCUGGUCUUUGAAGUAAGUUGCCCCUCCGUCCCCGUCUGCCCUGACGUCCGUUAGCGAAUUAGCGGUGACAGGGCCUUGGCACAGCGCUCGGACUCUCACUCAGAUGAAAACAAGGCCGGGCUGAAGUGCAGGGUGGGCGGGAAAAAGUAGAAAACUCCCAACAACAACGAGUGGUACAGGGGAGUAACGCUACUGUUCAGGAUUAAUUGUGUCCUGAUUCUGAUGUCGUCGGGGCUUUCAUCUCUGUAAUCAAGAGGUCUGGGGUUCAAACAGCUCGCCAUGCGCUUUGAACUUCCAGAUUCAUGCAAAAGAAUAAUACAAUUCUGCACAUUCCGCAAGAUUUAUCUGAAACCAGGCCAGCGGCUUUAACUUCAAUUGAGUGGCAGGGAGAGGUGUCAAGCAUCUCAAAGCGGUGGCCAACAGAGAGAGAAGGGAGAAAAAGUGGUCAAUUAGGAUAAACGGGCCAUCAUGCCUCCAUAUUCACCAUCCAGGUCAAAGUGGACACCUCACCUUAUGUGUCACAGGCACUAGUAUGUAGUGUUUUCCUUUUAAAACGUGCUGUUAAUAAGGAUGUAGUCAUAGCAGCUGGUUGGACACAGACACUGCACAGUUUACACACCCUCUAUUACCUUUGUCUGUCAGAGCAGAGGCCUAAGCUCUGAGGUAAAAGCAAGCCAUUACUUGUCGUCACACAUUGCUGCAACUGAUGGUCGACAAGAAUAGAAAUUAAGCUCCUGACAGUCGAAUGGAAAUAAGUGUUAUUGAUUGUCCUUGGAGAAUAAGUGACUCUCAAGGUUGCUCAUGCUGUAGUCUGUAUAUUUAAGAGUUAGGGUGUUGAGAGGUAGAGGAUAUAUUCCACAGAUAGCUAUGUAAACAGUGGCAUGCUUUUUUUCACAUGCCCUUUGAACUCUUCUUAGAAACAGAGGGGGAAAACCAGGUGAGUUUGGAAAGUUUGGUUUGUUAUCCAUCCACCAAAGGCAAGGUGAAAGUAAUGUAAAAGCUAGUUUGGACAGAGCCCUCGGCCUCAGGCUACCUGUGAACUGAGAGCUCAAGUUUAAACGGCGUCUUUAAAUAUAUGAGAAAUGCAAUAGUGAAAUCCCUGGAAUGCCUUUUAGUAAUUUUUAUCAUUUUGCAGAAAGGGGGGAUUUGACCAUGUAGUUACAAUGUAGACAUGUUUUUGUUAGCUUUACAUCACCACACACAGUUGAACUGACCUGAUUUGAUCGACUUUAAAGUGCUUAGUCCUGCACUGACAUGGUUUCUCCCAUGUAGCCUGAGAGUCAUGUGUCCACUAGCAGGGUUAGCAGUAGCAGGUCGCUGAUCUGCAGAUGAGAGGACAUUAAUCUCUCUAAGUAUGUUCCGUAAUUACAAAAACAAGAAAGAGGGACCCAGAUUAAAAGAUUAAAUGAAUUCUGCAAUUGAACUGUGUAGAUCUGAAGAGCUUGGGUCAAGGCACAGAGAGAGACUUAAAUACGUUCCAAUUUAAAAGGCAACAGAAGGGGAAGGAAACUCGGUAUCCACUGAGCCUGGCAGAUCCUUUAUGCUGUCGUGGAAAACUAGACUGUUAUUGAUGGCUCUGAGACCCUGACUCGGCUAGAAACAAUAUAUGAAAACAAAUGUUGAAGAGUGGUGAGGGUAAACUGACACAGUGUUCAUGUAUAUAGCCUAAUCAGACAGGAGAUUGGAAGGAGAAAGGCAGGGUUAAACGAGACAUAACAUAUGGUGAGCUCUAGGGAUCUUAUUUAAAACAGAAUAGGGAUUAUUCUCUGUAUUGACAUUCUUGUGGCAAGGUGUUCAGUGGGGUCACGCCAGUCCAGAGCAAAGGAUUGUGGACCUGGGCAGCAGGCAGGCAGCAGGUGAUGCUGGGGAGUUGUAGCAAUGUCUGCCACACUGUAAUUCAUCAUAAUUUCCCCCUUAGCCUAAUGAGAGCUACAGUGAAAUUAAUACUCAAAGUAUGUGAGAAUGGCAAGUUGAGAUGUUGUUAAAUUGUUAUUUUUUGUCUGUUUGAAACCACUGUGGCAUAUCAGAGAGCAGUCAUGCACAGUGAAUUAGCUUGGAUGGAGGUGGAGGUGGGGAGAGGGCAGUUAGGGCUGUGGACUAUCCCAGGGGAGAGCUGUCUCGUGUUGUGUCUGAUGUCAGGUGGCUUUCUGGGCUCCAGAUAGACAGGGGAGCCCCUGGUGCCGCGUUCUGGAACUUGUGUUUGCUGUGCAGUGCCAGCUGUAAAUUUGGACCGGUCCUGGACAGGCUAGCGUGAAGGGUCCAAUGGCACAGCUCCAGGACAAUAUAUUUAGACUCACUUUCUCUUUCCCCCAAACCCUCUCUGCAACGACUCCUCUGAUAACGCUUUAAAUCCAAUUUGGUUCUCACCAUGCCUACUGCUGAGGUUCUUGGUUUCUGUUACCUGUUGUGGACUCACUGGAGAGUGCCUUUGGAGCCCGUACAACUCAGUACAGAGCAGUCUCACGUUCUCAUGUCCUGCUUCACUGCGCUUUGGAGAGCGCGUUUCAACAUCUAUCUGGAUGCACAUAAAGUUCAUAUCGCUGACCGUGCCCACGGGACAGAUGUACAGUCAUUUUAUCUGAUCCCAGUACAUUGAACAGGAGGACCUUACCUUCAGACUAUAACCUUGUUAAUCUGACACCGCAGAUGUCUUCUCCAUGUGUAAACCCCCUGUCUGUACUCUAGUUAGACUACAAUAAGGAUAAUCUACAGUGAGGGCUGAGGCUGUUAGCACAUUUAACUGGUAAAACUCCGAACCCUCUGUAGUAAUUAAAUUAUGUGUGUGUAUCUCUUACUGGUUUACAUACACAACAACAUUUGAGUCAAAUGUUAGAGUUUGAUAUGAGAGACAAUGACUUGUCAUAGGUAAAUUAUUUGCUAUUUGCUUGCAUGCCUAAAUCUAUUAAUUCAGUGUCAAUGCUGCUGGGCAUUGUCAACAAAUCCCUCAGUUUGGUGGUUUGAAUAUUGACCCCAAAAAGUUUUGGCCAAGUCUAUGCGGAACAAAGCAGCCCUUCAUUUUGAGAGAGAGCUUUGCACUCCAUUAGAAGCAACCCCAGUCUGUGCUCCAUGACCCAACAUCUAGGUCUGCCAAGUGGUCACUUUUCAGUUCAGUCACAGAGCUUUGUCUAUUGGACCCUUACAAGGGCCACACACAAACACACACUGACACACACACACACAUUUACAUUUUAGUCAUUUAGCAGACGCUCUUAUCCAGAGCGACUUACAGUUAGUGAGCGCAUACAUUUUUAUUAAUUUUUCAUACUGGAAUCGAACCCACAACCCUGGCGUUGCAAAUGCCAUGCUCUACCAACUGAGCUACAUCCCUGCCGGCCAUUCCCUCCCCUACCCUGGACCAAUUGUGCGCCGCCCCAUGGGUCUCCCGGUCGCAGCCGGCUACGACAGAGCCUGGAUUCGAACCAGGAUCACUAGUGGCACAGCUAGCACUGCGAUGCAGUGCCUUAGACCACUGCGCCACUCGGGAGGACGCAUAGUUCCACACCGCCAUUGUCACCAAGUCACCAGUUUCCUGCCACUUCACAAGUUUUUCAUUUUAAUUCUCUAUGGUCCAUUGCUUAGAACCACUUCAGGGUAUCCUUAGACUUGUCUAUUUUGGCAGGGAGGGGAAUGACUGCUAACCACACUUGUCGAGGUGCUAAGACAGAUCCAAUACCUCACUGUCAUAUUCUCCCUCUUUCCCUCUCCCUCAGAUCUUGCUGCAGGGUAAGAACCCGGGUGUGGUGUGGGAGUACACCUUGCCCCGCAGUGAGAGGAAACCCAACUACACAUGGGGAGUGGUUCGCUCCGACUGUUCUGCCCUGUGUGCUGGAGGUGAGCCCAGGAUGAGAGAAGUCCGUGUGUGUGUGUGUGUGUGUGGCGCAUUGGGGUAGCAGGAAGUGCGUUCUGGCUUAUCAAAAGCAUCUUUGUAAGCGACAGUGAAAAGGUUGCACAGUCUCCCUUGGUCCUUUACAGACCUCCCAGAGUACUCUAUCCUAUUCACUAAUCAAUGUAUGUCAGCGAAUGUGUGUAUUUGUGUGUGUUUUAUAUGUGAGCCUGGAUCAGUGGCCCCCUUACUCUAUUCACUCUAUCCCAGUAGGGAGGGUGACAGCAGACAGAGCAGACAGAAAGACAAGCUUAGAGCAGAGAUCGCUAUCUGCACCCUGUCACUAUUUCGUUCAUACUUUACUUUAGUUGUCAAGCCCUCCCGUGUUGCUCAGACAAGAGAAGAGUGUGGGCUUUGUGUGACCUUUUCAGUGGUUGUAAAAGACAAGGAAAACUGAUAAGAAUUAUGUCUGUCUGCCUCUCUCUCUUUCUCUCUCUUUUUCUCUCUUUCAGGUCGGAUCUCGACAAAAGCCAUCUGUUUGCAAGAUCAGUGGACCCAAGUCAACUCGACACAGUGCAACCCUCAGACCAGACCAGUGCUCGGCUCUCACCUGUGCAACACGCAGCCCUGCCCAGCCUAGUAAGUAACUCUGUCUGUCUGUCUGUCUGUCUGUCUGUCUGUCUGUCUGUCUGUCUGUCUGUCUGUCUGUCUGUCUGUCUGUCUGUCUGUCUGUCUGUCUGUCUCUCUUUCUGACACACACCACAACCUCAGACUACUUUCUGUGCUGUAGUUCCAUUGGUUCCAAGCUGCUGUGGCUUGGUCUGGGAUGCUGGUGUGGUCUCUUUGCUGUGGGCAGGGACCACUCAGCCUUCUCUCCCUGUCGCGUCCUGCUGGAGAGCCCCGUACGUUCCCUACCCAAGGCUCCGGCUCCCAAACCAAACAGGAUUAACAUACCCUCCAGACAGGGGCAGGCCGGCCUGGUAUUCCCAGCGCUGGCCCCCGCUCAAAGCCACAGCUUCUGGGCCAGGCCACAGGAGAGAGCCGCCCAGCCCCUCUCAUGCUCAAUUUCACUCUGCCUGGCCGUCUGAGUACUGCUCGCACUGAUAAGGUUCAGCACCGAGACAGCUCUGGAGAAGACCACCACAGGCUCUUGUUUCUCCUCAAUGACUGGUCUUCACCACCGGAGAGAAAGAGUGAAGAUGCUAGAAAAAGCCAGACAGAGAUCACAGAUUCAAUUAUUAGCCCAUUAUUUACAGCUGUCUGCUAAGUUGGGAUAGUCAACAAUUUUCUACAACCACGACAGACCAGUAAAAGUAAUUUCCAGACACUUACUGGGCACCAGGAAUCAUUUCAGACAUUUUGGUUGAUCUCAUCCUUUUCUUCAGACACUGGAUGCUAUUCUCAACUUUGCAAAUAAAAGUUGGGAUAUUGAAGGGACUUCACUUUGAGCUCUGCUCCAGUGACAAUCCAUUCAGCUCCUAUGGGACUGGCGCGAUUUACGAUGCUCCUGCUUCAAAGGAACAGCCAUGAACCCGUCAGUAGAGAGACUCUUUGAGCCUGACACACUGACAAAGAGAUGACAAACGUCUCUCUCUCGCCACCCGCCUGUCAUCCUCUCCUUGUUGUUGUCUGCCUGUGUUGUCUGAAGUCCCACGCCUACACUAACGUUACAGUACAGCAUAUAUGAGUGAUGGUGGGUGAGGGGGAAAUCAGGACCAUAUGACUGUUUCCUUAAAGAAACAAUAAUAACCAGUGCAGCUUUCUCUGUCCAAAUCUUGACAAAUCGUUCAAUAACAGUGGGUAAUUGAAACAACUCUAAGCCUGGUGGGAGUCAGUGAGUGCCUUUGGUGUCUGUGUUGUUGUGUCAGUACAGUACUGUAGCAUCUUGUGGAGUGAGUUGGUACAUCAUUCUAUUCUACAUCAUUAUCUCUCAGACAUGUUGUAGGCCUGGUGCUAGACCACUUAAAACACUCACUUUCUUCUGUGCUCAGGGGACUAAUGUCGUAAAAAUGUCACAUUUUUACGAUGUCACAUUUCCACAGGCGGCUCCAUCACUGUAUAUAGGCUAAGACCCGAAACAGCCAGGGCGCUAUCAGUUACAACUUAAACAUGCUGCCACUGUUUUUUUGUGAGGUUCCCACCAUUGAGGGGGUUUCUUUCCUAUAAUCUGGGUCAGACUAUAUCUGUUAUCUAGGGGAAAGGUUUAAAUGAACCAGUCCACUAAUGACCUCCCCCCGUGUGAGCUGGAGAGGAAGUGUGCCGUCCAGGUGAAUGAUAUCAUCAACAUAAAUCCAAGAGCAGAGUCCUGUUCAUCAGUACCAGACUCCUGAAUCAGUGGACCCUGUUUCCCGCUGAUUAAGUGUCAGGAUUUAUGGGAUGCCUUUUACAAAUACUUCCAAACUGUAUGGGCAUGCUAUCAAAAACAGAAAAGGAGGAGCGUGAAAGAGGCCUCUUUCCAGCGAAUAUCUGCAGUGCUGACAGGUCUGUCCAUGUUUUAUUAUAGAGAGAGAGUCUGGAUCCCCACAGGGCCAGAUCAGUCUAGCCAGCCAGGAAUCCAGCACUCAGUCCCAGCCCUAUUGCGCCAACUCUAGCCCCAGCACCGGUAUUGGGCCCCAGCCUCAACCAGACGAUGCAGGCUUGCCUGCAAGGGCCACUGGCUUCUGUGCGGUGUGGGGCAUGGCAAGAUCAAACACCACGAGGCCCGCUAGCAGCCAACUUUAUAUGCCAGUCCAGGAUGUCACCGUAAAGAGAAAUGUUAAUGCCUUAAAGAGUUUUGCAGUUCCCCUGGUGCAUCCGUUUCUACUCUCUCUCUCUCUCUCUCUCUCUCUGUCACUCUCUCUCUCCUUUCUUCUCUCUGUCUCUCUCAAUGUUACUUUUUAUUUAUUUGACUUGAUUAUUUAUUUAGUUUAUAGUUUAUUUAAUGCUCUGAAGAAGAUUCCUGGAGGCAGGCUGCAGCUGUAGAGUUACUUACCUGGCUCUUCCUGGGUAGUUGUGGCACGUGUACCAAACCAUGGGAGAAACAGGGAGACAUCAGCAGGCAGGCCCAGAGCAGGGAGGAGGAGGAGGAGGAAGAGAAGGAGGAGAAGGUGCUCAGAGAGGCUGCUGUUUAGAGUGGUGCUUGAAGUUCUAACCUGAGGUGCUUUUGGUUGCUGUGCAAGAUCUUUCACUGCUACAUUACACGUGAAUAGUUGGUUAGUAUAGUAACUUAUCUAUCAGAUUAUGUAUCAGAUGGAAAGUCAAUGUUUGACAGUGAAAUGCAGCCCAUACCAUGACAGUAAAAUGUAACCACUGCAAGAAUGUAAAGCCAUCCAGUAUUUCUCAAUAUUCCCAAAAUGUUUCAAGUUAAAUUGUAUGGCUGGAAAUAUGCGAGUUAUUGAAAGAGUCCAGAAAAACAAAUUACAGCUAAGCCAACUUUGGUUUGUAGUGAAGCACAGUAGUUCAACCUCAUUCCAAUGACAUAUUGUUAUUUAUAUGGCAGUGAAAAAAAGAGAGAGGAGAAAUCUGAACCGGUGCUUUGCUAGACGGGUCGUGUUUCUCCCCUCCAAAUUGCAGUUUAGCCUUCUCCCUCAUUUAUCAGAGCUGGGUUUGAAGGGAAAUGAAAGGUCUGACAGAAGGGCAGUAGGAGUGGCUGGUCGGCACCGGAGCCUCAGAACUCGACUGAGUCAGCUGUCCAUCCUCCAUGCCCCUGGUCAUGUGGUUGUCAGAGCAGUCAUUUGCGCUAAUCUCCCUUCGCCCCAAAUGCCAAGACACAGUCUAUUUUAGAGGCAGGCUGCUUUCAUCAGAGGCUGAGAAUUAUCCAGAGAUACCAGAAGGCCACAACUAGUGGAGACGCUGAGUGUAGGAUCCUGUCCCUCCCUACAGCCAGACCAGACCAGGCCAGGGGAGAGGAGAGUUGGGCUAAGGGGAGCUCUAAGGGGAGCUAUGCGGUUAACUGAAGGUGAGAGUCAGGCAUCUGGUAGCCCUGAGGGUGUUCAUGUUAUACAAGGUUAGCCUUUUACUGUAUGGUGGAAACCUUGCACUGUUUUAGUAUGUUGUAUACAAAUCAAACCAAAUUGUAUUAAUCACAUACUUCGUAAACAACAGGUGUGGACUAACAGUGAAAUGCUUACUUACGGGCCCUUCCCAACAAUGCAGAGAUAGAAAAUAGAGAAAUAAUAGAAAAGUAAAACACGUAAUAAAAAAAGUAAUAAUAGUUACACAAUGAGUAACGAUAACUUGGCUAUAUACAAGUGGUACCAGUACCGAGUCGACGUGCAGGGGUAUGAGAUAAUUCAGGUAGAUAUGUACAUAUAACUAGGAAUAAAGUGACAGACAAUAAACAAUAGCAGCAGCAUAUGUGAUGAGUAAAAAAAAUAGUUCAGUAAAAAAGGGUCAAUGCAGAUAGUCCGGGUAGCUACAGUGGCUUGUGAAAGUAUUCACCCCCCUUAGCAUUUUUCCUAUUUUGUUGCCUUACAACCUGGAAUUAAAAUGAAUUUUUGGGGGGUUUGUAUCAUUUGAUUUACACAACAUGCCUACCACUUUGAAGAUGCAAAAUAUGUUUUAUUGUGAAACAAACAAGAAAUAAGACAACAAAACAGAAAACUUGAGCAUGCAUAACUAUUCACUCCCCCCCCCAAAGUCAAUACUUUGUAGAGCCACCUUUUGCAGCAAUUACAGCUGCAAGUCUCUUGGGGUAUGUCUCUAUAAGCUUGGCACAUCUAGCCACUGGGAUUUUUGCCCAUUCUUCAAGGCAAAACUGCUCCAGCUCCUUCAAGUUGGAUGGGUUCCGCUUGUGUACAGCAAUCUUUAAGUCAUACCACAGAUUAUCAAUUGGAUUGAGGUCUGGGCUUUGAAUAGGCCAUUCCAAGACAUUUGAAUGUUUCCCCUUAAACCACUCAAGUGUUGCUUUAGCAGUAUGCUUAGGGUCAUUGUCCUGCUGGAAGGUGAACCUGCGUCCCAGUCUCAAAUCUCUGGGUGACUGAAACAGAUUUCCCUCAAGAAUUUCCCUGUAUUUAGCGCCAUCCAUCAUUCCUUCAAUUCAAACCAGUUUCCCAGUCCCUGCCGACGAAAAACAUCCCCACAGCAUGAUGCUGCCACCACCAUGCCUCACUGUGGGGAUGGAGUUCUCGGGGUGAUGAGAGGUGUUGGGUUUGCGCCAGACAUAGCGUUUUCCUUGAUGGCCAAAAAGCUCAAUUUUAGUCUCAUCUGACCAGAGUACCUUCUUCCAUAUGUUUGGGGAGUCUCCCACAUGCCUUUUGGCCAUCACCAAACGUGUUUACUUAGUUUUUUUCUUGAAGCAAUGGCUUUUUUCUGGCCACUCUUCUGUAAAGCCCAGCUCUGUGGAGUGUACGGCUUAAAGUGGUCCUAUGGACAGAUACUCCAAUCUCUGCUGUGGAGCUUUGCAGCUCCUUCAGGGUUAUCUUUGGUCUCUUUGUUGCCUCUCCGAUUAAUGCCCUCCUUGCCUGGUCUGUGUGUUUUGGUGGGCGGCCCUCUCUUGGCAGGUUUGUUGUGGUGCCAUAUUCUUUCCAUUUUUUUAUAAUGGAUUUAAUGGUUCUCCGUGGGAUGUUCAAAGUUUCUGAUAUUUUUUUAUAACCCAACCCGGAUCUGUACUUCUACACGACUUUGUCCCUGACCUGUUUGGAGAGCUCCUUGGUCUUCAUGGUGCCGCUUGCUUGGUGGUGCCCCUUGCUUAGUGGUGUUGCGGACUCUGCGGCCUUUCAGAACAGGUGUAUAUAUACUGAGAUCAUGUGACACUUAGAUUGCACACAGGUGGACUUUAUUUAACUAAUUAUGUGACUUCUGAAGGUAAUUGGUUGCACAAGAUCUUAUUUAGGGGCUUCAUAGCAAAGGGGGUGAAUACAUAUGCGCGCACUACUUUUCCGUUAUUUAUUUUCUAUAAUAUUUUGAAACAAGUUAUUUUUUUCAUUUCAUUUCACCAAUUUGGACUAUUUUGUGUAUGUCCAUUACAUUAAAUGCAAAUAAAAAUCAAUUUACAUUACAGGUUGUAAUGCAACAAAAUAGGAAGAACGCCAAGGGGGAUGAAUACUUUUGCAAAACACUGCACUGUUCAAGGUCCUGUUGGUUCCAGACUUGUGCAUCGGUAUCGCUUGCUGUGCGGUAGCAGAGUCGAUGACUUGGGUGGCUGGAGUCUUUUACCAUUUUUAGGGCCUUCCUCUGACACCGCCUGGUAUAGAGGUCCUGGAUGGCUGUGAGGUCGCCCCCAGUGAUGUACUGUUUAUGUUUAUGUUUAGAUUCUCGUGUGUGCUGCGUGUAGAGGUGGGCACUGAUGCUAUUACAGCACACGUGCAGUAUGUUUGUGUGAGUGUGGGUACAUGUGUAUAUGCCUGUGUGUGUGUGUGCAUGUGUCUCUGUCUCUCCUGUGGGCACAGGGGAGAGAGUGAUGGGUGUGUUUAGACCCAAAAUAAAUUAUACAGAUUUAGGAAAUCUGUGGUUUUACUUGCCGUGAUUAGGGAUCUGUGUCAUGUGGUUGACACGCUUAUGACAGAAGUUAGGAGGGGAAAGUAUACAGCCGAAUCAUCGGAAUGGAUAGGUUCCCUGCUGACUGUGCUGAGUACAGCAGUUAUUCUGCAGAGUGUGUGUUUGUGAGUGUGACUGUGAAAUUAUGUGCAGGUUUAUGAGUCACUCUAAGAGGUAUACCGCCAUUCUGUUUCUCAUAAUUCAGUCACUCUUUUUCGAGGAGCGUUUGUUAGUUUGGUACUUGGGUUGACACAUCUCUCUCCAUUUCUCUCCUCAGCUGGAAGACAGGGGACUGGGGGCCCUGCAGUCGGUCCUGUGGUGGCGGGCAACAGACGCGUCACAUCCAGUGCUUGCGUAAGGUGACGUACCAGCGGGAGGAGGUGGUGGCCCACUCCCUGUGCCCCGUCAUCGCCCCAGCCCAGGUGCAGCCCUGCCACACACAGGCUUGCCCACCUGAGUGGAGCUCUGGGGCCUGGUCACAGGUAGGUCACACUGCAUGACAUGCCCAUAUACUGGCAUUACAGUUUGAAAAAGGGCUUUUUGGAAAUCUUUCUUAAUUUGAUUCUAUAGGACUUUGGGACUUCUCUGCCCUCUGCUGGACACAUGGUUAAUUGUGUAUUCACUUGCCUGAGAACAGUACACAGACUGCAGAGAACUAUUGCAAAUAAUAUUAUCAUCAUUAAUCACACACCGUUAUUGUGAGUUCCUCAAUUUAGGGUUGGCUAGGCAAAACUGACAUGGCCAAAUGUAUAGAGGCUACAAUACAUAGUUAUGAUCAGUGACAGUGUUCUCCAUCUUAGUCAGUAGUGACAGGGAUCUCCACCUGCUGUUUCGGUAAAAGCCUGUCUGUCAGUGAUACUACAGAUAACUGGAGGGACGUUCCUCUUCACUGCAUUAUCUGAUGUAUAUGCUUUUAUUAAGCAGUGCACAGUAUAUGGUACAAAUAAAAUGACUUCAAUUACAGGUCUUUUCACUUCUUAUUCAAUACUUCAAACAUACCCAGUUACGUUAUACUGUUUUUCAGAGUUUUCAGGCUAUCUCAAGUUGAGCGUGUCUCUUUGCAGAGAGAGACCAGAGUGAUUUAGACAUAGGUCAGUCUGACUGUAGACAGAGUGCACUUUACAGUGCACUUACUGCAUCCCUUAUUGACUGCAUCCUUCACAGGGUUCAGAUGCAAUUCAUUCUGAGCGUGCCUCCCGGUAUGAGUUCAGGCUGAGUUUACCAGACCCUCUGUUCCUCUGCUCUCCUCUCAGUGUUCCAAGUCGUGUGGGCGUGGGAUGAGGAAGCGUGGCGUGUUCUGCAGAAGCACUGACCCCGGAGCAAAGGCUGUGGUGGUGCCGGACAGUAUGUGUAAGCCACACCACAAACCCAAGGCCCAGGAGACCUGCGUUCUGCGCCGCUGCCCCAAGAAUGACCGGCUACAGUGGUUCACAACACCCUGGGGCGAGGUAGGGACUCACGGAGACAGACAGACAGACGCACAUGCUGUACAAACACACCCACACAUACUUUGUAUAACCUUGUACACACCGACGCACAAGAAAUCCACACAUGCAUUGAAGAGGUCUAGACAGAAAUGCAUUUGCGACAAACAUACACAUCCAGAGUGCUGACGCUGUGUCCCCUCGUCAGAACAAAGCAAAUAGCCUGAAUACCAAAUGCAAACAUUACGGACAUUCAGACAUUCACUUUAUAAGUUGAGCACUGUUGCUAUGGCGAUGUGGGGUGACCUUGUCUUGUUCGCUCCACUGGGGGACCAGCUGUAUUUCUCUCUGAGGGUUCUCACGUUGUCUUAUUCUCUCUGUUCUCUGUUUGCUAAUGGUGCCUUCUCUGGCCAUUCUCUCCACAGUGCUCCACAUCCUGCGGCCCAGGUGUCAGAAGGAGAGAGCUGCAUUGUGGGGAGAGGGAUUCACAGGGGGGCUACACAGAGUUCCCUAUGAGGAGGUGCAGGAACCUUCCCAAACCCUCUGGGGAGCUCCAGCAGACCUGCAGCAGGGGGCCGUGCCCAGAGCCUCGACCUGUCGUCCCAGGAAGGACAGCCAGUGCAGUGGUCCUGGGCUGGUACUCUUCUCCUUGGCAGCAGGUAUGUAUAUCCACUCUCCAUCCACCCUGCCUGUUCUCCCAGACAUGAUGGGGAUUGAUGUUGAAUGGAUGUGGAUUAAGUGAAACAUUCUCUCUCUCUCUCUCUCUCUCUCUCUCUCUCUCUCUCUCUCUCUCUCUCUCUCUCUCUGUUGUCAGGCCCAAAGGGGGUGGUAUUCAUGUAUAUGAAUGUAGUAUCUACCAAGGCAACCUCUUACAGUCUGACAUCUGACUUCCCCUUGAUCAGGGGGCCUGUGAUGUCUGUAUGCACAUAGGCUCUCUUUCCUCUCCCUAGACAUAGCUUGGAGGUAAAGGACAUGGUGUAUGCAUUCGUAAUCUAUUCUAUGUACAAUCUUCAACACCUCUCUUUCUCUCUCUCUCACUCUCUCUCAGUGUUCUGUAUCCUGUGGGGGAGGGGUACAGUCCCGUUCUAUCCAGUGUCUGAGACAGGGACGUCCUGCGGCUGGAUGCCUGAACCACCAGAGACCCAUAACCUCCCGGGCCUGCAACACACACUUCUGUCCUGCUCCUCCUCCUGCUCCUCCUGUUCACGUACCUGCCCACGUUCCUGCUCCUGCUCCAACACUCAAAGGUGAACUACUUCAACAACUCAUAGAAACUGUUGUAGAGUUCUGUCUGACAUUUUUGUUUGUGCGCGUUUAUUAACACUAUCCCCCUGAUCUUCUCUCCAUCAGACGAACAGUCUUGUGUUGACUUCUUCAGCUGGUGUCACCUGGUUCCUCAGCACAGUGUGUGCAAUCACAAGUUCUACGGACAGCAGUGCUGCAAGUCCUGCAAUGGCAAAAAGCUA